AGAGUGAAAGUGUCCUCCAUCCCCACUAAAGAAGCUUUGUACCGUAUAGCCAUGCUGACGAACAACCAGCCCCGACUCUAGAAGAGACAGCAGAAGCGACAUCGCUACCGCUAUUAUCGUCGUCUCGUCGGCUAUUGCCACCGCUAUCGUCAUCGUUCUCGGCUUCUAUAGAAAAAAAAGAAACAGCAAAUAUCCAGUUCCAGAAGAGAUCAAUAUCGUUACCACGACGGAUCAAAUAAAGUAUCCGCGUCAUUGAAGUGCACAAAAACUGAUUCACGAUGAAUCUCGUUUACGCGAUAUUCGUUCUAUUCGUUUCCAUCGUCGUAUAUAUCUUCCACGCAAAUCGGAAAGCGCGUCGUCUGCCACCUGGUCCCUGGCAACUUCCGAUCGUCGGCUAUCUUCCAUGGAUCGAUCCAGAGAAACCACACGAAACCCUAACGAAAUUGGCUAGAGUUUACGGCCCUGUUUGCGGAUUUUACAUGGGCUCCGUUUACACCGUGAUACUGUCCGAUCCUCAAAUAAUAAAGCAAACGUUCGCGAAGGAUGCGUUGAGCAGCAGAGCGCCUUUGUACCUCACACACGGAAUUAUGGAAGGAUAUGGAUUGGUCUGUGCAGAGGGAGAACGAUGGAAGGAUCAGAGAAAAUUCGUUGGCAACUGUUUGCGAAAUUUUGGGAUGGUGAAGCACGAAGGACCGAAACGAGAGAGAAUGGAGAAACGAAUAUUGGACGCGGCAGACGAAUGCGUAUCGAUACUAGAAAGACGCGGGGCAGACGGACCAAUCGAUCCAUUAGAUACGCUUCAUCACUGUAUGGGCAAUCUCGUUAAUAGCAUCGUGUUUGGGAAAACGUACGAGGAGGAGGAACAGGUCUGGAAAUGGCUGAGACAUUUGCAGGAAGAAGGAGUGAAGCAGAUUGGUGUCGCCGGGCCACUCAACUUUUUACCUUUUCUCAGAUUCUUGCCAAGAUACGAGAGAACAAUACGGUCUAUCGUCGAUGGAAAGGAGAAAACGCACGAAGUAUAUCGCCAAAUACUCGUCGAGCACCGUGCACGAACCAGAAACUCCGAAAAUACGGACAAAGUUGACAACUUCCUGGCGGCAUUCGACGAACAAAUGAGAAAAAGAAACGCUGCGGAGUCUGGCUUUUUUACGGAACCUCAACUGUACCAUUUAUUGGCGGAUCUUUAUGGUGCUGGAGUUGACACCACUUUGACCACCCUUCGUUGGUUCCUCUUAUUCAUGGCUGCCUAUCCCGCGGAGCAGGAAAAAAUACAAUCGGAGAUGGACCUGUGUGUGAAAGAAGGAGCUCAACUAACUUUGGAGGAUAGAAUCGCCAUGCCUCGUCUCGAAGCUGCUAUAGCCGAGGUGCAAAGGAUAAGAAGUGUUACACCGCUCGGUUUUCCUCGUGGUACAUCAGAGGACACGCGAAUAGGUGAUUACGACGUGCCACGCGGCGCCAUGAUCGUGCCGAUGCAGUGGGCUGUUCACACCGAUUCCGCUUACUGGCAAGAUCCUCUCGAAUUUCGACCCGACAGAUUCCUAACCGAUGAUGGAAGUUUCUUCAAACCGGAAUCGUUUCUGCCAUUUCAAAGUGGGAAACGCGUUUGCGUGGGAGAGGAACUCGCUAGGAUGAUACUGUUCCUGUUCGCCGGGAGGAUACUGCGCGCGUUCGCUAUAUCCGUACCACCGAACGAAGUUGUUGAUCUCGAAGGCGAGUGUGGCAUCACGCUCGUCCCGAAGCCACAUCGUUUGACGUUCGUUCCACGAUAAAAAAAACGCGAACUGUGACUCUUAUUAUUAAUCAAAUCGCGGAUCUUUGAAUAAGAAAUUUCUCUAUUCUCUAUUCGACACGAUCAAAAGCAAAAGUUUGAUAUGUGUUCCACUUUCUCGUAUACUUACACGAUUUUGCAUACAUGUGCAAACAUGGAAAAUACCACGGUGACUCGUCGUUACAUUACAGUUUUAUAUUUUUUUACAAAUAUGACUAAAAGAAAUGGAAAUUUGUUUCGUUUUAAUAAAUAUCGUAAUAAAAUAUUCUCCCUUGAAUCUUUCGCAGAUUUUUCGUAGAUUCUGUAGAUUCUUGAUAACUCUUAAAUCUGCUACGUUCUUUAGAAGAAAUAAAAUAUAAAACAUAAGAUACAAAUUUCAUAGACUUUUACACACACAUAUAUGUAUGUAUUUUAGAUCAUUGUAUGUGAUUUAGAUCAUUGUGAUUUAGAUUUUUUAAUUCCAUUAAUAUUAGGAUUUCCUGAUAUAGCUGAUUUCCACGAAUAAAUAAUAUUAGAUUUCGAUUACUUCCACCAUCUUUAUUUUUAUUAUUAUUAAAUAAUUUAUUUUUUCCAAAUUCAGGAACCGGAUGAACUACUUACUCCUCCAUUAUCAUCAUAUUUAUAUCAUCCAUCUCCAUCUGUUGAUUUUACAAUUUUUUCAAUUCACAUGACUGGAAUUUCAUCAAUUUUAGGAUCUUUAAAUUUUAUUGUUACAAUUUUUAUAAUAAAAAAUUUUUCAUUAAAUUAUGAUCAAAUUAAUUUGUUUUCACGAUCAAUUUCAAUUACUGUAAUUUUAUUAAUUUUAUCUUUUCUCAGUUUUGGCAGAAGCUAUUACAAUAUUAUUAUUUGAUCGUAAUUUUAAUACAUCUUUUUUUGAUCCAAUAGGAGGAGGAGACUCAAAUCUGU